AUGGCGCUGCUGGCUGAACACCUGCUGAAGCCGCUGCCCGCGGACAAUCAGAUCGAGACUAGGCACUUCCUCCAGGCGGUGUCCCACCUGCCGCCCUUCUUCGAUUACCUUGGGUCCCCAGUGUUUACUCCCAUCAAGGCAAACAUAAGCGGCAACAUCACGAAAAUCAAAGCCGUGUACGACACCAACCCAGCCAAGUUCUGGACCCUGCAGAACAUCCUGGAGGUGGAGAAAGAAAUGUAUGGAGCAGAGUGGCCCAAAGUAGAGGCCACACUGGCAAUGAUGUGGCUGAAAAGAGGCCUCCACUUCAUCCAGGUCUUCCUCCAGAGCACCUGUGACGGGGAGCGGGACGAGAACCACCCCAACCUCAUCCGCGUCAACGCCACCAAGGCCUACGAGAUGGCCCUCAAGAAGUAGCAUGGCUGGAUCAUGCAGAUCUUCCAGGCAGCACUGUACGCAGCCCCCUAUAAGUCCGACAUCCUGAAAGCGCUCUCCAAGGGGCAGAAUGUGACAGAGGAGGAGUGCCUGGAGAAGAUCCGCCUCUUCCUAGUCAACUACACGGCCACCAUCGAUGUCAUCUAUGAGAUGUACACCCAGAUGAUGGCCGAGCUUAACUACAAGGUGUAG